AUGAAGAUCAAAGCUCGAGCUCCCGGGAGGCAGCGCCAAGCCGCUCGAGCGCGCCAGUGGGGCCAGCACGGGCAGCUUCAGGCACAGGCGCAAGCGCAAGCUCAGGCACAAGCGGCCGCCGCUGCAGCCGCCGCGGCGCAACAACAGCACUACAAUCGCAUCGCCGGUAACAACGGCACCUCUAUACCAGGCAACAACAUGAUCCCCCCGCGCGGCCCUGCCAACGACAUACAAGCGAACACGGACAUCGGCAUGACGGACGAGAACAAGCGCGUUCUUGACUGGAUCGCGCAACUCAUGAAGCCAGGGACGCGCGAAUCGGCCUUGUUGGAGCUGAGCAAGAAGAGGGAGCAGGUGCCAGAGCUAGCUCUGAUACUGUGGCAUUCUUUUGGUGUCAUGGCUUCUCUCCUUCAAGAGAUCAUCUCCGUCUACCCUCUGCUCAACCCCUCGCAGUUGACCGCUGCCGCUUCGAAUCGCGUCUGCAAUGCUCUCGCGCUACUCCAGUGCGUUGCUUCUCACACCGAGACUCGCGGCCUCUUCCUGAGUGCGCACAUUCCGCUCUUCCUCUACCCGUUUCUCAACACGACGUCCAAGUCGCGACCAUUCGAAUAUCUUCGUCUUACUUCGCUUGGUGUCAUCGGUGCUCUCGUCAAAAAUGACUCCUCCGAGGUCAUCAACUUUCUCCUAACAACCGAGAUCAUCCCGCUUUGCUUGCGCAUCAUGGAGACUGGCUCCGAGCUCAGCAAGACCGUCGCCAUUUUCAUCGUACAAAAGAUACUCCUUGACGACAUUGGCCUCGCGUACAUUUGCCAGACCUAUGAGCGGUUCUAUGCUGUCGGUACCGUCCUUAGCAACAUGGUCAACCAGCUCGUAGAACAGCAGACUGUUCGCCUGCUCAAGCACGUCGUUCGAUGCUUCCUUCGCUUGAGUGAUAAUGCUCGCGCUCGCGAAGCGUUGCGUCAGUGUCUACCCGAGCCUCUCCGCGAUGCUACCUUUUCCUCGGUGCUACGGGACGACGCGGCCACCAAGCGCUGUCUCGCCCAACUCCUAAUCAACCUCUCUGACAAUGUCGAUGCUGCGAACAACCAGCAACUCAUGCAUUAG